UUUCUCAAACUUUUUUCAUUUCACUCUUUCUUCUUAUUCUUCUUCUUCUUCCACCUUUACAUCAUUUUUUUUCUUGCUUUUUGAUCACUUAAAAAGUGUGCAAAUUUAUCAAAAAGAACCAAUAAAGACCCUUUUAGUGUUAUGAAGAGACAAUACAAAAAUGAUCCUAUGAGAGAAAGAUGAAACCAUGCUUUGUCGGCCAUUUAAACUUCAUACCCCAAAAAAGAUCCUUUUAUUUUUUCUCUCUUUUUUUCUUACCUUGGAUAUUCAUUUUUAUGAUUCAUUCAAUCCUUAUUCAUUUUAUUAGUCCUUGAAUGAAUAAAGGGUUUUCUAUUUUUCUUCUAAAAUUUUAUCAUUUUUUGAUUUAGAUCAAAGAUCCCCACUUUUUAUGCCAAAAGGUGAAGUUGGUAUAUUCUAUUUAUUUGGAUUCAAUUUUAUUGAUUCCUAUCACAAGGGUUUCUUAUCAAGUUUCCUUCAUAAGGAUUCAUUGAUCCCACUUGAAGAACUGGUUCCUAUUUUCAAAAGUGAUGGUGUGCUUUGAAAGGUAUUGAUUAUUAAGAUGUCUAGGAACAUCAAGGAGGGGAAAGUUUUGGCAAAAGGGUAUUAUGUUAUUUUAUUGCUGUUGACCUUAUUCCUUUUUAGCACAGAGGGGUUGAAUUUAGAGGGACAAAUCCUCUUGGAAAUUAAGAAUGGACUUCAUGAUAAAUAUAAUUAUUUGUCAAAUUGGAAUUCUAGUGAUGAAAAUCCAUGUGGAUGGAUAGGUGUAAAUUGCACUUAUAGUGGAAAUGGCAGUGAUCCAGUGAUUGUUUCGCUUAAUUUGAGUUCGAUGAAUCUUUCUGGAACCCUAAAUGCUAGCAUUGGAGGUCUAACCAAUUUAACUUAUCUCAAUCUUGCUUACAAUGGUUUGAAUGGAAGUAUCCCUAAGGAGAUUGGUGAGUGUUUGAGUUUGGAAUAUCUUUACUUAAACAAUAAUCAAUUUGAAGGAUCAAUUCCUGUUGAAUUAGGGAAACUUUCUGCCUUGAGAUAUUUGAAUAUUUGCAACAAUAUACUCGCUGGUGUUCUUCCGGACGAGAUUGGAAAGUUGGCUUCAUUGGUUGAGUUGGUUGCUUUUAGUAACUAUCUCAUUGGCCCUUUGCCGAGUUCGGUUGGAAAUCUCGAGAAUCUUGUGACUUUCAGAGCCGGGGCGAAUAACAUUACUGGCAGCUUGCCGAAGGAGAUUAGCCGAUGUAAGAGCUUAGAACGUCUUGGUCUUGCUCAAAAUCAGAUAGUAGGUGAGAUACCUAGCGAGAUUGGGAUGCUCGAAAACUUAAAAGAGUUGAUUUUAUGGGAAAAUGAGUUGUCAGGAGUUGUUCCUAAAGAGCUUGGGAAUUGCAGUAGGCUUGAGAUCCUGGCUUUAUAUGGGAAUAAUCUCAUUGGACCGUUACCUGGAGAGAUCGGGAACCUGAAAUCGUUGAAGUGGUUGUAUCUUUAUAGAAAUAAUUUGAAUGGAUCCAUUCCAAGGGAAAUCGGAAAUCUUUCUUCAGCUUUACACAUUGAUUUCUCGGAGAACUCUUUAGGUGGCGAUAUCCCUUCGGAGUUUGGCAAAAUUCGUGGUUUAAGCUUGCUCUUUCUCUUUGAGAACCAUCUAAGUGGUGUUAUACCGAUUGAGUUUGGUAGUUUGAAGAACCUGUCGAAGCUGGACCUGUCAAUAAAUAAUCUUACUGGUCCGAUUCCGCACCGCUUGCAAUAUUUGACAAAUAUGGUUCAGUUGCAACUUUUUGACAACUCAUUAACUGGUAUUAUUCCUCAGGGACUUGGACUUUUUAGUCGUCUUUGGGUAGUUGAUUUUUCUGACAACAACUUGACCGGAACAAUACCUCCUCAUUUAUGCCGAAACUCUCAUUUGAUGCUGUUGAAUGUAGCAGAUAAUCAGCUUUACGGAAACAUACCGAAAGGGAUAUUGAACUGUGAAUCAUUGGCACAGUUGCUGUUGGUCGGUAACAGGCUUACCGGUGGCUUCCCUUCCGAGUUGUGUAAACUUGAGAAUCUUACUGCCAUUGAUUUGAAUGAUAACAGGUUUAGCGGUCCACUUCCUCGUGAGAUCUCAAACUGCCGCAAUUUGCAAAGGCUUCAUAUUGCAAAUAAUUACUUCACAUUGGAGUUGCCUAAGGAAAUGGGAAAUCUAUCUCAAUUGGUAACUUUUAAUGUUUCGUCAAACCUUUUCACCGGAAGAAUCCCCACUGAAAUUGUUUGGUGCCAGAGAUUGCAGCGCCUAGAUCUCAGCAGGAAUCGUUUUACCGGUUCUUUGCCAAAUGAACUCGGAACACUUCAGCACUUGGAGAUUCUAAAACUCUCAGACAAUCAGUUGUCUGGAAAUAUUCCUGCAGCAUUAGGCAAUCUGUCUCAUUUGAACUGGUUGCUGAUGGACGGCAAUUUGUUUUUCGGCGAAAUACCUUCUCAGUUAGGAUCUCUUUCGAGCUUACAGAUAGCAAUGGAUCUCAGUUACAAUAAUCUUUCUGGAAGAAUACCGUCUCGGCUCGGCAAUCUCAAUAUGCUUGAGUAUCUCUUUCUCAAUAACAACCAAUUGGAUGGUGAAAUUCCGAGUACCUUUAGCGCACUUUCUAGCUUGAUGGGGUGUAAUUUCUCAAACAAUAACCUCUCUGGACCAAUUCCUUCCACUAAAAUUUUCGAAAGUAUGGCUGUUAGCAGCUUUGUUGGAGGUAACAUAGGUCUUUGCGGUACACCUCUCGGUGACUGCAAUAGAAUUUCAGCUCCCUGCUCUACUCAUCCGGCGAAAGAUGCUAAUCUUUCCCGUGCUAAAAUUGUCAUAAUCAUUGCAGCUACUGUUGGUGGUGUUUCUCUCAUUUUGAUUUUAGUGAUUCUAUAUUUAAUGAGACGACCUCGGGAGGCUGUUGAUUCCUUUGCAGACACUGAAACUCCAUCUAUAGAUUCAGAUAUCUAUUUGCCUCCAAAGGAAGGUUUCACAUUUCAAGACCUAGUUGAAGCUACAAAAAGAUUUCAUGAAAGUUAUGUUAUAGGUAGUGGAGCGUGCGGCACAGUUUAUAAGGCAGUGAUGAAAUCUGGUAAGACGAUUGCCGUUAAGAAGUUAGCGUCGAACCGGGAAGGGAACAACGUCGAUAAUAGUUUCAGGGCUGAAAUAUCGACACUAGGAAGGAUAAGGCAUCGGAAUAUAGUGAAGCUGUACGGAUUUUGCUAUCACCAAGAUUCAAAUCUCCUACUUUAUGAGUACAUGGAAAGAGGUAGCUUAGGUGAAUUAUUGCAUGGUUCUGCAAGUAAUUUGGAGUGGCCGACUCGAUUCAUGAUUGCUCUUGGAGCUGCUGAAGGUCUUUCUUACUUGCAUCAUGACUGUAAACCAAAGAUCAUUCACCGAGAUAUAAAAUCUAACAACAUUCUUCUUGAUGAAAAUUUUGAGGCCCAUGUUGGUGAUUUUGGAUUGGCUAAAGUGAUUGACAUGCCUCAGUCAAAAUCGAUGUCUGCAGUUGCUGGAUCUUAUGGGUAUAUUGCUCCUGAAUAUGCAUAUACCAUGAAAGUUACAGAGAAGUGCGACAUAUAUAGUUACGGCGUUGUACUCUUGGAAUUGCUAACCGGAAAAACUCCAGUUCAACCAAUGGAGCAAGGAGGAGAUCUUGUCACAUGGACGAGAAACCAUAUUCGGAACAAUAACAAUACACUGAGCUCAGAGAUACUCGACACCCGUCUUGAUCUUGAAGAUCAAAUCACUAUAAAUCACAUGCUGACUGUUUUGAAACUUGCUCUAAUGUGCACAAGUAUGUCUCCAACCAAGAGGCCAUCAAUGCGCGAUGUUGUGUUGAUGCUCAUUGAGUCAAAUGAACGAGAAGGAAACUUAACACUCACUCGAACAAACCACGAUGAUCCUCAUUCUAAAGAUAGCACAUGAAAGUAUGCUGCAAUUUCUCUUCGGAGAUUUUCGUUAACAAAUAUGAUUUAUUUUUUCCUGCUCAUUUUCUUGUUUUCUACUAGAGAGAGUAGGAUGAUGAAUUUUGUACAUUCUUUCACUUCAUUAUGCUACUAGAGAUGAGGAUUUUACUUUAUACUUUGUCUUUUUAUUGAUUUCAUUUCUACGUAUUUUCUUUUUGGUAUUCAUCAGUAUAGUAACUUUUAUUGUACAGUUGGAAAUUACCAUUGAAUGUGUAUCAACCAUUAAGGUUAGGUUUAGAUGUAGGGAAGAAUAAUUAUUUUAGUUCUUCAUGUAACAUGGUCCUAUCAAUAUUUUAUCA